AUGCUGUUGCUAGCUACGCUAUCGCUACUAUGCGCCCUUUCGAUGUCAGAUCCCGUCAACUUUUGUCGGGAAGCGAAGGACUGCCAGUCAUGUGCAUCAUCAUACACUCAUGUACUUGGGUUCCGCGAACACUGCAGUAAAUCCUCUUUCCAUCUACGCGGUAUUCUUUUAGGCUUCAACUGCAAAAGGAAAAGGUACACCGAUGAACUUGGACGUUCACUCUAUGCAUUUAUCCUCUCAUUGAGAGACACAAACGUUACUGCAUGUCUGCUUAAUGUCAGGCCUGACGUAAGCCACAUUCGUACAUUCACAGUUGAGUGCGAUUCUUCUGGAAACACUUGCACCAGCAUGGUUGCUGUGUCUGAAGAAGCCAAAUCCAUAUACCUUGUGUUUAGAGAUACCACUUCACGGCAACAG